AUGGAGGUUCCAUUUACCCUCUUCCCUUUUAAAGAUGUUGUACAAGGCCUGACAAGUCCAGAACUGUCGAUUCCUCUGGGAGAUCGCAGCAUAAAGACACGCUUGGCUGUUUCUCCACUGUCCUCUGCCUGUGGCGAAGCGAAAAGACCAGCCAUGCAGCCAGCGCAGAGUCCCGUGUCCUUUGAAGAGGUGGCUGUGCAUUUCUCCCAGGGGGAGUGGACGCUACUGCGCCCAGCCCAGAGAGCUCUCUACAAGGAAGUCAUGCUGGAGAAUUUUGGGAACGUGGCCUCUCUGGGACCUCCGAUUGCCAAACCUGGCCUCAUUUCCAGGCUGGAAGGAGAAGAAGAGCUGUUUGUCCUGAUCGCCGAUGAAGAAGAAGGAUUGGCAGGGGUCAUGUGGGAAUCAGCAAAUGAAACCUCUGAGCACCCAGUGGAUAAAGGGGAUACAUAUUCAUAUGCAGGAGGGAAAGUUGAAUAUUGUGAUACCCUGAGGAAAGAAGAGAGAAAAUAUCCAUCUAAAGGAAGGAUUAAUUUUGGUCUUUUACAAAAUGAAAAUGUUAAUGAAAUUCUACUACCUGAAAAGAUGUACAUAGAAAGCAAUAAAAAUGAAAGUGCAAUGAGUGGAGAAGAUUAUUCUGAAAAAUCAGGAAAAACCAAGCAUUGUAAAACCCGGAACAGAAAUAAAAAAUAUAAAUGCCUGGAGUGUGGGAAAGUCUUCAGGAAGAAGGAUAUCCUUAAUUCUCACCAAAGAAUUCAUACAGGAAAGAAACCAUAUAAAUGCCCAGAUUGUGAAAAAUGCUUCUAUGAUAGCAAAAGUCUUACAUGCCAUGAAAGAAUUCACACAGGGGAGAAACCAUAUAAAAGCCUAGAGUGGGAAAAAAGCUUCAGUGACAGACGCAACCUUAAACUCCAUCAAAGAAUUCACACAGGGGAAAAACUGUAUAAAUGUGGGAAAAGCUUCAGUUGGAGUACAAGCCUUAAUUCCCAAGAAAGAAUUCACACAGGUGAGAAACCUUAUAAAUGCCCAGACUGUGAAAAAAGUUUCUGUAAUAGGGGAAGUCUUACACGUCAUCAAAGAAUUCACACAGGGGAGAAGCCAUAUAAAUGCCUAGAGUGUGGAAAAAGCUUCAGUCAGAGUGGAAACCUUAAUUCCCAUCAAAGAAUUCACACAGGGGAAAAACCGUAUGAAUGCCUGGAAUGUGGAAAAAGCUUCAGUCAGAGUGGAAGCCUUAAUUCCCAUGAAAGAAUUCACACGGGUGAGAAACCAUAUAAAUGCCUGGAGUGUGGAAAAAGCUUCAGUCAGAGUGGACUCCUUAAUUUCCAUGAAAGAAUUCACAAAGGGGAGAAACCUUAUAAAUGCCCAGAUUGUGAAAAAAGUUUCCGUAAUAGUGGAAGUCUUACAUGUCAUCAAAGAAUUCACACAGGGGAGAAGCCAUAUAAAUGCCUUGAGUGUGGAAAAGGCUUCAGUCAGAGUGGAAACCUUAAUUCCCAUCAAAGAAUUCACGCAGGUGAGAAACCAUAUAAAUGCCUGGAGUGUGGAGAAAGCUUCAGUGACAGACGCAGCCUUAAACUCCAUCAAAGUAUUCACACAGGGGAAAAACCGUAUAAAUGCCUGGAAUGUGGAAAAAGUUUCAGUUGUAGUGCAGGCCUUAAUUUCCAUCAAAGGAUUCACACAGGGGAGAAACCAUAUAAAUGUCUGGAGUGUGGAAAAAGCUUCAGGGACAGAUGCAACCUUAGACUCCAUCAAAGAAUUCACACAGGGGAGAAGCCAUAUAAAUGCCUAGAGUGUGGAAAAGGCUUCAGUCAGAGUGGACACCUUAAUUCCCAUCAAAGAAUUCACACAGGUGAGAAACCAUAUGAAUGCCUGGAGUGUGGGAAAAGCUUCAGUGACAGGCGCAUCCUUAAACUCCAUCAAAGAAUUCACACAGGGGAAAAACCGUAUAAAUGCCUGGAAUGUGGAAAAAGCUUCAGUUGGAGUACAGGCCUUAAUUCCCAUGAAAGAAUUCACACAAGGGAGAAACCAUAUAAAUGCCUGGAGUGUGGAAAAAGCUUCAGUUGGAGUACAAGCCUUAAUUCCCAUCAAAGGAUUCACACAGGGGAGAAACCAUAUAAAUGCCUGGAGUGUGGAAAAAGCUUCAGAGACAGAUGCGACCUUAAACUCCAUCAAAGAAUUCACACAGGUGAGAAACCGUAUAAAUGCCUGGAGUGUGGAAAAAGCUUCAGUCGGAGUGGACACCUUAAUUCCCAUGAAAGAAUUCACAAAGGGGAGAAACCUUAUAAAUGCCCAGAUUGUGAAAAAAUCUUCAGGAAGAAGGAAAUCCUUAAUUCUCACCAAAGAAUUCAUAUAGGAAAGAAACCAUAUAAAUGCCCAGAUUGUGAAAAAAGCUUCUAUGAUAGCAAAAGUCUUCCACGCCAUCAAAGAAUUCACACAGGGGAGAAACCAUAUAAAUGCCUAGAGUGUGGAAAAAGCUUCAGUGACAGACGCAACCUUAAAUCCCAUCAAAGAAUUCACACAGGGGAAAAACCGUAUAAAUGCCCGGAAUGUGGAAAAAGCUUCAGUUGGAAUACGAGCCUUAAAUUCCAUCAAAGGAUUCACACAGGGGAGAAACCAUAUAAAUGCUUGGAGUGUGGAAAAAGUUUCCGUGACAGAUGCCACCUUAAACUCCAUCAAAGAAUACACACAGGGGAGAAACCAUAUAAAUGCAUGGAGUGUGGAAAAAGCUUCAGUGGGAGUGGAAGCCUUACAUCCCAUCAAAGAAUUCACACAGGGGAGAAACCAUAUAAAUGCCUAGAUUGUGGGGAAAGUUUCAAUAAGAGAAGAAACCUUAAAGCCCACCAAAGAAUUCAUACAGGAGAGAAACCAUAUAAAUGCCAGGAAUGUGGGAAAGGCUUCCGUGUUAGGGGAAGUCUUACACGCCAUCUAAGAAUUCACACAGGAGAGAAACCAUAUAAAUGCCUGCAAUGUGGAAAAAGCUUUAGUCGGAGUGGAAACCUUAAUUCACAUGAAAGAAUUCACACAGGGGAGAAACCUUACAAAUGCCUGGAGUGUGGAAAACACUUCAGUGACAGACGCAACCUUAAACCCCAUCAAAGAAUUCACACAGGGGAGAAACCAUAUAAAUGCCUGGAAUGUGGAAAAAGCUUCAGAUGGAGUGGACACCUUAAUACUCAUGAAAGAAGUCACAAAGGGGAGAAAGCUUAUCAGUGCCCAGAUUGUAGAAAAAGUUUCUUUGAUAGUCAAAGUCUUAUACGCCAUCAAAGAAUUCACACAGGGGAGAAAGCAUAUAAAUGCUUGGAGUGUGGAAAAAGCUUCAGUCAGAGUGGACACCUUAUUUCCCAUCAAAGAAUUCACAAAGGUGAGAAACCUUAUAAAUGCCUGCAAUGUGGAAAAAGCUUCAGUUGGAGUAGAAGCCUUAAUUCCCAUCGAAGAAUUCACACAGGGGAGAAACCUUACAAAUGUCUGGACUGUGGAAAAGGCUUCAGUGAAAGAUGCAACCUUAAACCCCAUCAAAGAAUUCACACAGGAGAGAAACCAUAUAAAUGCCUAGAGUGUGAAAAAAGCUUCAAUCAGAGUGGAAGCCUUAAUUCCCAUCAAAGAAUUCACACAGGGGAGAGACCAUAUAAAUGCCUGGAAUGUGGAAAAGGCUUCAGGAUUAGUGGAAGCCUUAUUCGCCACCAAAGAAGUCACAGAGAGAAGGAACCCUAGAGAUGCCGGAUUUUAUAUGAAAUUGUCUUACAGAAUCAGAAAUCACUGUAAUAAUAUAUUGCAUAACUUCUUAUAAUUGC